UCAUGUAGGAUUUCAUGUAUUUGAACUUUAUAUGAAGCCUCAUCGACGCAACUAUAAAAGUGGGAACUAUUACGCGCUGAUGCAAUAAUUACUAAAAAUAAGUGGCUGUUGGUGUUCUGUUGGAUGAAACAAUGGGAGUGAGCAAUGGAUCGACUCUGCUGGAGGAAGAAAAAACCCAAACACCUGCAGACAAAAAAACAAUGUCCCGGUUAUUUCGGAUAAUCUACAGACCUCGCUGUGGAGGGGAGGCGGUGGUAGAUAUCUCAAAACUUCAGCAAAUAAAACCCAAAGACUUACCAUGGCUGGAGUCUGUUAAAGGUUGGUUCAGUCAGUACACACAGCUGGCUCACUACUUCUCCCUGCUCUGUUUCCUGCUCACCAUCAUCACUCUGCUGCUGACUUUCUGCUUGUUGCAGAUCACGUUGGUGUUCCAGUCGCAGUCGAAACUGCGGGAAACCAAAGUGAGAGAUCUGACGAACAGACUGGAGAAGCUCAACCAGUCAUAUCGCUUCCUGUUCUCCCAGUAUCCUGCUCUCAACCAGUACUGCCCGGUCAGCAACUCCACUACUGGUGAGCGAAAGUGCAGCCCGUGUCCGGCCGGCUGGACGUCAGAAGGAGAGAAAUGCUUUCUGUUCAGUAAGGACAGAGCCGACUGGAUCAGCAGCCAGUACCGCUGCAUGGCACUGGGAGGCGCUGUGGUGCAAGUCAGGACAGAAGAGGAGCAGGUGUUUCUGUGGAAAACGGCUCAGAGUCUGAGCCAGGGAGACUCGUACUGGCUCGGCAUGAGGAGCAGCAGUGCUGACGGGAGCUGGCAGUGGAGCGACGGAUCCCUGAUGGAGAAGGGACCACAGUUUUGGCAGCGUGAGCCUGAUAAAACAGACACACGGGAGCUGUGUGGUCGACUCACACCGGGAGACAACUACAGGAGGACCUGGUUCGUCUCCAAAUGUUCCAGCCAGCUGAGGAGCAUCUGUGAGAGGAGACAAAGUACUCUGCAGUGAGAGGAGAAGAUUCAGCUUCAAACAACUCCAGAUCAUAUCUGAAGAAGCAAAACACACAGAAUAAGACUGUAAAACAGCUUCCCCUUUGAUUUAAAUGUAUUUAUUCUAGUGAUAAAACACUUUAAUCACUAAAAUCAUUCUUGUUGAUUUGUGUUUUUGUUUGUGUGAUUUGUUGUGUUGUGUUUAACUUUUCUAUUUUUUGUUUGUUUGUUUGUUUUUUGGUUUGUUUGUUUUUUGCAGGACUGAUUCCUCAUUCAAACUCCACUAAAUGUUGUUACUAUUUUAAUGAAUAAAUCCCUCAGCUUCACACAAUCAAUUAUAAAUCAUUUAAAAGUGUUCUAUGAAUAAAUGUAUUAUUGUUAUUAAUUAUUAAAUAAUAGA